AACGUCAAAGGUUUCCGCCAAUCAAACGUCGCUGCAGAAAGGACGCCAUGCGUGGUCGCGAAUUCCAAAAUGGUCUCGGGCGUCCAAUUUGUCAAGAGCUUGAUCUCGCAGCACGGCGUCGUCGUCUUCAGCAAGACGACGUGCCCGUACUGCCGCAUGGCCAAGGACGUGCUCGGCUCCGUCGGCGCGCGCUUCCACGUCGUCGAGCUCAACCAAAUGGGCGACGCGCCGACCGGGGACGACGUGCAGAACGCCUGCUUCCAGCUCACGGGCCAGCGCACCGUGCCCAAUGUCUUUAUCAACGGCAAGUCCAUUGGCGGCGGCUCCGACACGGCGGCGCUCCAGAAGGCCGGGAAGCUCGUUCCUCUUCUCAAGGACGCUGGCGCCUUGUAAAGCGCACGAAACAAAUUUCUGAAGGGAAGACGGCACUGAUAAUCAAAGGUAUUAAUACAAGUGUACCCUUGUACUACGACA